CAAACUUAGGACUAUAAAUAACUAGCCAUUGUUUGAUAUCGAAAUCAAAUGAAAUAGCUUCUUACAAAAAAAGUGUCUAAGCUUUUUCAUAUCUAUUGUGAUUUUGGCAACAAAAAUUUAAGAUCUCUCUGCCAAUUACAUGAAAAUGGGAAGCCAAAGUUGCUUUAAGGUUUUGAUUAUUUGUCUUAUAGCAAUAAUUGGAGCAGCUAAUGCUCAGUUGCAGCUUGGUUUCUAUGCUAAAAGCUGCCCAAAAGCUGAGAAAAUUGUUUUGAAGUAUGUUCAUAAACAUAUUCCAAAUGCACCAUCACUAGCAGCUGCACUCAUAAGACUACAUUUCCAUGAUUGUUUUGUUAGGGGAUGUGAUGCAUCUGUUCUUUUGAACGCAACACAAAGCAAUCCUCAAGCCGAAAAGAACUCUUUUCCAAAUCUUACACUUAGAGGAUUUGAAUUCAUUGACAAAAUAAAGAGUCUUAUUGAAGCUGAAUGCCCCGGUGUUGUCUCUUGUGCUGAUAUAUUGACUUUGAGUGCUAGAGACUCUAUUCAUGCCGUCGGUGGACCUUUUUGGAAUGUACCAACUGGUCGAAGGGAUGGGGUUAGAUCUAAAGCAGCAGAUGUUUUUCUUGGCCUUCCAGCUCCAUUUCACAACGUCUCCACUCUCCUAACACUCUUUGGCAAUGUUGGACUUGAUGCAAAUGACUUGGUCUUGCUUUCUGGUGCACACACAAUUGGUAUUUCACAUUGUGCAUCAGUAUCAAACAGGUUAUAUAAUUUUACUGGCAAACUUGAUCAAGACCCAGAUCUAGACAGUGCAUAUGCUAAAAAUUUGAAAACCUUCAAGUGUAAGAGUAUCAGUGAUCAAACCACAGUUCUCGAAAUGGAUCCCGGAAGUCGCAAUACAUUUGAUCUUGGCUAUUACAAGCAAGUUGUUAAGAGAAGAGGUUUGUUUGAAUCAGAUGCUGCAUUGCUUAAAAGCUCUACAACAAGAUCUAUUGUUGCACAACAUCUUCAAUCAACUAAAAAAUUCUUUGUUGAAUUUGCUAAGUCUAUGGAGAAAAUGGGAAGAAUUAAUGUUAAGGUUGGAACUGAAGGAGAGAUUAGGAAGCAUUGUGCAUUUGUUAAUUAAUAUUUGAGUAUCUUCUUGUAUGUUAAUUUUUCAUUUAUUUUUUUGUUGUUUAUUUCAUGUUAAUGUUGUGGUGUCUUAAUAUUGGAGAUAACCUAUGAUUUGGUUGUUUUCCAAAUGAUAUGGUGAUUCCAAAGUUUUUUUCUGGUGACAUGAAGCAGAAUUGAGGGAGGUAGAAAAUUUCUUGUGACACGAUAAAAUAAGGGGAAAAGUUGCCUCCCUUAAGUUGAAAAUGUAUUUUCCCAUGAAUCAUGAUUGAAAUAAUUGAUUAUUUAUUUAUUUA